AUGGCUAGGGAGUCCAAGCCCCCCUCCCUCUCCCUCCACUUCCUCUUCUUCCUGCUGACGGCCGAGUGCUCCUGGCUGUUGUCCGCCGCCCAGAAGCCAUCGCUGGACUCCCAGCCGCCCGUGCAGGAGUACGCCCACUCCAUUCGCCUGGAUGGGGACAUCAUGCUGGGCGGCCUGUUCCCCGUGCAUGCCCGCGGCGAGCGCGGGGUGCCCUGCGGCGAGCUGAAGAAGGAGAAGGGCAUCCACCGCUUGGAGGCCAUGUUGUUCGCCAUCGACCUCAUCAACAAGGACCCCGAGCUGCUGCCCAACGUGACCCUGGGGGCCCGCAUCCUGGACACCUGCUCGCGGGACACCUACGCGCUGGAGCAGUCGCUCACCUUCGUCCAGGCGCUCAUCGAGAGGGACGGCUCGGACGUGCGAUGCGCCAACGGGGACCCGCCCAUCUUCGCCAAACCGGAUAAGGUUGUCGGGGUCAUCGGGGCCGCGGCGAGCUCGGUGUCCAUCAUGGUGGCCAACAUCCUUCGGCUGUUUAAGAUCCCCCAGAUCAGCUACGCCUCCACGGCCCCGGAGCUGAGCGACAACACCCGCUACGACUUCUUCUCCCGCGUGGUCCCGCCCGACUCCUACCAGGCUCAGGCCAUGCUGGACAUCGUCACGGCCAUGGGCUGGAACUACGUGUCCACCCUGGCCUCGGAGGGGAAUUACGGCGAAAGCGGGGUCGACGCCUUUGUCCACAUAUCCAGGGAAUCAGGUGGAGUUUGUAUCGCCCAGUCGCUGAAGAUCCCCAGGGAGCCGAAGCCGGGGGAGUUUGACAAGCUCAUCCUGCGCCUUCUGGAGACCCCCAACGCCCGCGCCGUGAUCAUGUUUGCCAAUGAGGACGAUAUCAGGCGUAUCUUGGAUGCCGCCAAGCGGAACAACCAGACGGGUCACUUCCUGUGGGUUGGCUCGGACAGCUGGGGCUCCAAGAUCUCCCCGGUGGUGGGGCAGGAAAGGGUGGCCGAGGGCGCCGUCACCAUCCUCCCUAAGAGGGCCUCUGUGGACGCAUUCGACCGGUACUUCCGAAGCCGCUCCCUCUCCAACAACAGACGGAAUGUGUGGUUUGCUGAGUUCUGGGAGGAGAACUUCAGCUGCAAGCUGGGCAUGCAUGGCAAACGGCCAGGGAGCCCUAAGAAAUGUACAGCGCUGGAGAAGGUGGGCAGGGACUCGACCUAUGAGCAGGAGGGGAAGGUGCAGUUUGUGAUGGACGCGGUGUACGCUAUGGCCCACGCCCUCCACCGCAUGCACCGCGAGCUGUGCUCCGGAUACCCCGGGCUGUGCCCCCGCAUGGCCAACAUCGACGGGAAGGAGCUGCUCAGCCACAUCCGGGGCGUCAACUUCAACGGAAGUGCUAACACCCCUGUGGUAUUCAAUGAGAAUGGAGAUGCUCCGGGACGCUACGACAUUUUCCAGUAUCAAAUGAACAGGUCGACGGCAGAGUACAAGGUCAUAGGUCACUGGACAGAUCAGCUUCAUCUAAACCUGGAGACCAUGCAAUGGACGAGCGGGGACCCGUCUGUGCCCGCCUCCGUGUGCAGCCUGCCCUGUCGGACGGGCGAGAGGAAGAAGGUGGUGAAGGGCGUGCCGUGCUGCUGGCACUGCGAGCGCUGCGAGGGCUACCACUUCCAGGCCAGCGAGUUCCUCUGCGAGCUGUGCCCGUACGAGCGGCGCCCCGACCAGAACCGCACGGGCUGCCAGCCCAUCCCCAUCAUCAAGCUGGAGUGGCACUCGCCCUGGGCCGUGGUGCCCGUCUUCAUCUCCGUCCUGGGCAUCCUCGCCACCACCUUCACCAUCGUCACCUUCGUCCGCUACCACGACACGCCCAUCGUCCGCGCCUCGGGCCGCGAGAUGAGCUACGUGCUGCUGACGGGCAUCUUCCUGUGCUACGCCAUCACCUUCCCCAUGAUCGCCGCGCCCGACGUGGCGGUGUGCUCCUUCCGCCGGAUCUUUCUGGGGCUGGGCAUGUGCUUCAGCUACGCGGCGCUGCUCACCAAGACCAACCGCAUCCACCGCAUUUUCGAGCAGGGCAAGAAGGCGGUGACGGCGCCGCGCUUCAUCUCGCCGGCGUCCCAGCUCGUCAUCACCUUCUCGCUCAUCUCCGUGCAGCUGCUGGGCGUGUUUGUGUGGUUCGCGGCCGACCCGCCCCACACGGUGGUGGACUACGGCGAGCAGCGGACGCAGGACCCGGAAACGGCGCGCGGCGUGCUCAAGUGCGACAUCUCGGACCUGUCGCUCAUCUGCUCGCUGGGCUACUCCAUCCUGCUGAUGGUCACGUGUACUGUGUACGCCAUCAAGACCAGGGGCGUGCCAGAGACCUUCAACGAGGCCAAGCCCAUUGGAUUUACUAUGUAUACUACCUGUAUCAUUUGGUUAGCUUUUAUACCGAUCUUCUUUGGGACGGCACAAUCAGCGGAGAGGAUGUACAUCCAGACCGCCACCCUGACCGUGUCCCUCAGCCUGAGCGCCUCCGUGUCUCUGGGCAUGCUCUACAUGCCCAAGGUCUACAUCAUCAUCUUCCACCCGGAGCAGAACGUGCCCAAGCGCAAGCGCAGCUUCAAGGCCAUUGUCACCGCCGCCACCAUGACCAGCAAGCUGUCCCAGCUGGCCGCCGAGCGGCCCAACGGCGAGGUGAAGACGGAGCUCUGCGAGGGCAUGGAGGCCAACCUGCCGACGACCAAAACUACAUAUGUCAGCUACACAAAUCAUGCCAUUUGAAAAGCGAUGCUCCCAAACGCCGCGGGCAUUCCCAUGCAGACUUGGAUAUGCCUCACUCGAAGCCGACCAGGACGUCCAACAAGCAUGAGACAUUAAUCUUGCUCAAUGUCAAACAAACAACUGAGAAGGCGUUAAGACAGAAAAGAUAACUGUCCGUGUUGUCAUGUAUACAGACGUGGACUUUGGGGCCAGUAUCAAAACAAAAACAAAACGCCAAAAUCCAUCUAGAGACCAAACAAAAAAGGCGAUGGUAAACACACAAAAAAACGACACCAGUUAAAAGAGAAUCUAAAAAUACUUUGUUGGGAUCAACCAUGUUAGUUGUUAUUCUUAUCGUACAGUACGUAAUUUGUGGUUGUGAAGAUUUUCAAAUUCUUGUCUCAUGUCGUCUGUCCGACUUGCAUUAUGAGAUGAGUAUG